AUGGGGAAGCGCCCGUUCGUCUGCUCAGCCUGCGGCAAGGACUUCCCCAACCUCAAGGGCCUCAACCGCCAUGACCGCGUCCAUGGCGACCAGUGUCCGCAGUGCAGCAAGACCUUUGUCUACCGCUUCGGCCUGACUAAGCACGAGCAGAUGGUCCACAGCGGCGUGCGCCCGUUCAUCUGCCCGAUCUCUGGCAAACGCUUCGCCAUUCGGCGCGACAUGGAGACGCAUCUCUGUGUUCACACUGGAGAGAAACCAUUUGCCUGCUCCCUCUGUGUGAAGCGGUUCAAGAGGCGUGUGGAGCUGAAUGUUCACCUGAGGUGGCACAACGGGGAGAAGAGACACUGGUGCUCGUACUGCGGGAAGGGCUUUCUGGAUUACAAUAAUCUGAAGAGGCACAAACUGGUCCACACUGGGGAGAAACCUCACACCUGCUCUGAGUGUGGCAAGCACUUCAAACAGACUGGCCAUCUGAAGAAACACCUGAAGACAAUACACAAAGACAGAUAG